AUGUGGUACCUCGGGAGUUGGUUGUUCCCCAUCGUCUCAGCAUGCAUGUGGCUGGGCAUGCUCCUCGCGCUCUUCAUCAACUGGGAAGCAGAAGGCCACCCGAUCUACCCGUCGAUGGAAUCGGGCCAGACGAUAGCCUACAUCUCCGACACGGGGGCGUACGGGCUCAAGCCGCUCUUCAUCACGGGGGCGGUCAUCACGACCGUGUUUCUCGACCUUGGCUUCAUGGCGGAGCGCUGGCUCCGGCACGCGGGCCGCCUCGCGCCCAACACGUCGACGGCGCAAAAGGUGCUCUCGGUGCUGGCCAUCAUCUGCGCCGUCGCGGGCGCCGCGGGCCUGAUCCUCCUGUCCAUCUUCGACACGUACCACCACCCGCGCAUGCACGACGGCUUCCUCCUCCUCUUCAUCGCCGGCUACGUGCUGUCGGCCGUGUUCCUGUGCGCCGAGUACCAGCGCCUGGGCAUCCACUACCGCUCGCACCGCGUCCUGAGGAUCAGCUUCUGGGUCAAGCUGACCUUCAUCAUCGUCGAGGUCAUCCUGGCCGUCGUCUUCGCGAGCACGAGCUGGACGGGCAACAGGAACGUCGCCGCCGUGUUCGAGUGGGUCGUCGCCCUCGUCUUCACCUUCUACAUCCUCUCGUUCCUGCUCGACCUGCUGCCCAGCAUCAGGACCAACGGCCACACCCCGCAGGGCUGGGCGCUGAAGGCGGAGAUGGAGAAGACGACCCAUCCGAACGGCGGCGGUCAGCUGCCCGGCGUCCCCUUGACGACCGACAGCGCCGGCCCGAACCAGAACGCCCGUUUUGCCACCCCGGCCGACGACCUCGAAGCCGGCGCGUACAGAGGCACCGCCAUGACCAACCACCACGACGACCUGGGCAGACAGAAGAGAUGGGGAAUCGGCCGCUUCAGGAUCUAA